AUGCACUAUCUUGCAGCUGCUGCCGUCUUGACUGCAGGCCUGGCCUCGGCUUAUGAUGUCCCAGCCAACCUACAGCAAAUCUACAAUAAGCACAAGGCGGGAACAUGCAAGAACAAGCUGCAAGGCGGUUUUGCCGACGGCAUCAGCGGCUCCGGCACCUUCGCCUACUGCGGCGACAUCAACGGGGCCAUCUUCCUUCACAGCUCCGGGAACGGCGGCCAGUACGAUAACAUGGACAUCGACUGCGACGGAGCGAACAACAGCGGGGGCGACUGCGCCAAUGACCCUUCCGGCCAGGGCAUGACGGCGUUCAUGGAUACUGUGAAGAAAUACGGCAUCUCGGAUCUGGACGCCAACAUCCACCCGUAUGUGGUGUUUGGUAACUCGGGCAGCUCGCCUACCUUUGAUCCCCAGCAAUAUGGAAUGGAGCCCUUGAGCGUGAUGGCUGUGGUGUGCAAUAACCAACUGUUCUAUGGUGUCUGGGGCGAUACCAACGGUGGUGUCGCUACCGGUGAGGCUUCUAUUUCCCUGGCUAAGCUGUGUUUUCCUAAUAAUGGUAUCACUGGUGACAACGGCCACGGGGAGGAGGAUGUGCUCUACGUUGGGUUUAUGGGCCAGGACGCUGUCCCUGGGGCUAAUGCUGCCUGGACUGCUAGCGACACUUGGACCUUUGAGGAGAGUAUCAAGGAGUUGGGGGAUCGCCUUGUUGCUAAGCUUAGUGGUUAA